AUGUACAAAACAGAUUCUGGUUUCUACGUAAUUGAUGUGCUCCCACUUCAUCAUGCCAGCAAACGCCCAUUCCAUCUUGAGGAAAGAAUGAAAUCUAAAAAAUCAGGUUCCUACGAGGCUCAAGCGAAACGUGAGGCAAUUUUAGAGGAAAGACGUCUGAAACUCGCACGUCAAUAUUUGCAUGUUAAAAAUGUUCUCAGCAAGCAACAUCAACAUGCGCUGCACGAUUCGUCUACGAAACGCUCGCAAAUCCAAAAAACCCUGCAAUCUGCCGAACGUAAACGCAACACUAUUCUCCAACAAUUAGUUGAGCAAUGUGCCCAACAAGUUGCUAGGUGCAAAGAAGUUGCCCGUCAACAGCAGUUGAAAAACCAAGAAGAAAUUGAUCGACGUCGUGCCGAUAUGGAGCGUCGCCAAAAGGCAACUGCAGCUCGUCGUGCCAAACUUCUUAAUGUUCCAAAAUCUCGUAUCUUGAACUCAAAUAUACAGCUAACUCGUGACCAAGCUGCAACUAUCAUUCAGAAUAAUUGGCGUUAUAAACAAUACUAUGGCGCUGCCAAAAGUUUCAGAAAAUUUAAUAUUUCGUUGAAAUCUACCAAGGCACUUUCUUUCCAAGAGACGGUAAAACUUUUGAAACAACCGGCGAUAAUCCAGGUGACCCUUAGAUUAUUGCAGCGGAUGAGAAAAGCCUCAGCAUUGACUUCUGGCUCCAACAGGUAUAAGAAUGUGGCUAGAGUAUUUCUUAGCGCAUACAUGAUAGUUUCGCACACCAACGAAAUUCUUGAAUCCAUUGGCAAGCAGGAAAAAGCGUUGUUGGAAUCAGCGAAAAUUAUGCUCGAUGAAUUUGAGCACUGGAUCGAUGAAAUAGUUUAUGGUCCACCUAAUAAAAUUCACCAUUCUAUUUUGUGCAAGUUUCUUUCGUCGUGGGCUACCUACUAUAAUGAUUUUAACACUUGGAAAUCAAAAGACUCUGAAGAGCUUACCAACAAUCUUAUAUCUCAUUAUGUAGAAAUGGAAAAAUUAUGGAACAGCGUAAAGGGACAGGCUAAUGCUGAAACUGAGUGGAGGCCUAGCUUGAAACAACAGCAAGAAAAGAUAAGGCAGAAAAUCAGACAUUUGAGUGGUGAAGCUGGGAUGACGAGGUUGGAGAGUGCUCUGGCACAAUUAAGGGAAAACACGUCAAAUACCCUCGCAACCUCGCUUGACGUAUUAAACGUCUUACCUUCCUCUUUAAGCAAGAAAACAAAUCUUAAAUCUACUGCUGAUUUGCACCAAACGCCAUCACUCCAAAAAAAUGCGCAGAACAGUUUAGUUAACAAUACCGAACACGCUUCUCGUUCUUCACCUUCAACUUCAUUGAACAAAGGCGAAGAUACAGCCAAUACCACCACUUUGCCUGAAUCUUUUGGCGUUAUUGAUUUAUCUUCAGUUCCUGCGUCUGGGCACGAUCUUCGCCGAAUUAUUGGUCCUGUGGGAAGUGAUUCAGGUUUUACGAAUGAACAACUUGCUCAUGAAAUUAUUAUUGAUCCCGACUUUGAAAUUAAGCCUCGUAAAAAAACGGAAUUUGAGGAACGUGUUCAGGUCAUGGCUACUCAAGCAUUUUUCAGUUGCGUCAGAGCAGAAUUUGAACAAGGAAAAUAUGAUCAUUAUCUACCACAGAUACUUGAAGAGAUAAAACAACACCUUCUUGAGCUUGUACCACCUUCUUCUGUAUUAUCUACUUCAAUCAAUGAAGUUCUUGAUAUCGAAUUAAUUAAGCAGCAAACAAAAGCAGGCGUUUACAACUUUAGAAAUUGUAUCAUGUUCAUCACCAAAACAAUGCUUCAAAUUUGUGCACCUGUACGCGAUGAACAAAUAAAAUCGCUCAAAGAAGUCACGGAACUUUCCGAAAUUUUACGUCGAUUAUUGGAAAUUCUAGAUUUGAUGAGAUUCGAUCUUAAUAAUUACCGAGUGAAAGCUUUGAGACCAUACAUCAAAGAACAAGCUGUCGACUAUGAAAGACGCAAGUUUGAACAAUCGCUUACAAAUAAUAAUAAUUCCUUAGCAUUAACCAAAGCUUGGUUGAAGCCUACCAUAGAAUCACUAUUAAGAACCGCAGCAGAACGUAACCCAGAAAACGUUCAUUUACCACAACAUCAACACAAUCACGGUGUUAAAUUUGAUCAAGCUUAUAACGAGGCAUUGGUUUCUUAUAUCUUUCAGGCUACGAGUAUUGAUAAAAGUAAUUGCCCGGAAACAUUCGCAUUAGAUGUCGCCAGACUUUUCAAUUUUCAGAAUGAAGGACAAGCAAUUACAAUCGUUGCCGCUUUACUGAUGCUUACUAAAAACGUGGUGAUCGGCAGCGGAACGAUGCAAUCAAAAUCCUCUAAUUCUUGCUCCCACUCAACAAACUUCUCAUCUUUUAUUCACACAGAGGACAACAUCAACAAGCUCAAAGACAGACUCUUCGUUUUGUUGACAGACGACGAAAUCACUUUGGAAAAUUUAUCCGCGGAAAUCAUAUCGCAGCUACCAUCAACACUAACAGCAGAAAAUCAAGCACUCAUCAAAUCAAUGGUCUCGAAAACCCUGUCUCAAUCUGAUAAGGUGUUUUCUCUGUUAUCGCGACGAAUUCAAAGCAUUAUCAAGCAACAUUUACAAACUGGACAGUUCCCUAAAUGUGAGACUCUAGCUCAGUAUGGGGUUUUGCCCGUGGCAAAAGAAUUGGAACAGUUGAGUACUAAAAUAUGCGUUGUUGGACGCUAUAAUCGUGAGGUUUAUGCUAAAUGGUAUGAUGCAGUGAUUUGGGAGCUGUUGCGGGAAGUAAGAGGUGAUUCUUAG